AUGUCUGUCCCCGAAAAGUUCACCGGCUUCCAGGUCAACGGCCCCGAGACCUGGACCGAGUUCCACAAGAACGAGUUCCAACCCAAGCCCUUCGGUGACUACGACGUCGAUAUCAAGAUCGAGUGCUGUGGUGUCUGCGGUAGCGAUGUCCACACCAUCAGCGGCGGUUGGGGCGAGCAAAAGUUCCCUCUUGCUGUUGGACACGAAAUUGUCGGAACCGCCCUUCGCGUCGGUCCCAAAGUGACGCUCAUCAAGCCCGGCCAGCGCGUCGGCGUAGGCGCUCAGUCCUACUCCUGCCUCGACUGCCGCCAGUGCAAGAACGACAAUGAGACCUACUGUCUCAAGCAACUAGACACUUAUGGCGCCGUGUGGCCUGAGACCGGCAUCGUCAGCCAGGGCGGUUACUCUUCUCAUGUUCGCACUCAUGAGCACUGGGUCUUCCCAAUCCCCGACGCCCUCCCCUCCACCGUCGCCGGCCCCAUGCUCUGCGCAGGUCUAACCGCCUACUCCCCCCUGGUCCGCAACGGGUGCGGCCCCGGCCGCAAGGUCGGGAUAGUCGGGCUAGGCGGCAUCGGGCACCUAGGUCUUUUAUUCGCCAAAGCCCUCGGCGCAUCGGUCUACGUGAUCUCGCGGACCCAUUCCAAAGAAGCCGACGCCCUGGCCAUGGGCGCCGACGGCUUUUUGGCGACUUCCGACCCCCAAUGGAACGAAGCGCACAUUAUGACGUUUGACCUCAUCAUCAACACGGCUAACAGCUUCGAGGGGUUCGAUAUCGAUGCGUAUCUGAGUCUGCUGGAUGUGCAUGGGAAGUGGGUUAGUGUAGGAUUGCCGGAGGAUGAGGAGGGGAUUAGGGUGCGGAAUCAGACGUUUUUGAAGAAUGGGUGUUUUUUUGGGAGCUCGCAUUUGGGGAGCAGAAAGGAGACGUUGGAGAUGUUGCAGCUUGCUGCUGAGAAGGGCGUCAGGACUUGGGUGGAGGAGGUCAAGAUCAAUGAGGGGAAUCUGAAGGGGGUUAUGGAGAAGAUGAAGGGGGCUGGGGGCAGGUAUCGGUUUUGUUUGACGGGGUAUGAGGAGGCUUUUGGGCGGUAG